CGUUCUGAAUUACAUAUAUUACCACUUUUAAUUAUCUAAGGCCAUAUUCCUUUUUGUUUUUGAUAGUGUGUGUUGUACGGACUGUUAAGAUGUUAAUAUUUAAAUCUGAAAAGAGGAGGGGUCGACUAAAUGAAAAGAUAAAGGAGCUAGGGGAGUUACUACCAAAAUCUGAAAAUGCCGUAUAUCGGCAAGACAAAGCUGCUGUGCUGAAAGCGACUAUAGAUUACAUAAAGGAAUUGCGUAGGGAACAUGACCGUUUUGGUAUGAUAGAAGAAAGGCUGAGACAAACUGUGAUGCAAUACAGAAUGAUGCUGAUGCGUGUACAGAGAUUAGAAGCUCUUGUAAAAAUCCGGAAUAUGACUCAAAACGUUCCUAACCGUUCAAAUGAGAUGGACAUAGAUAAUCCAAAGACUGUAGAAGAUAUUUCCGUGCGUUUGCAAAACGAUUCAGAAAAGGACCACCCAGUUACGUUACCAUCUUGUGUACAGACAAAAAAUCCGCCUUCAAGAACCCCGGUACCUGUUUUAUCUUCAUCUGGGACGGAGAUGGGUCUAGUUCAUGAUUCACAUGACCGAUAGUUCCUUCAGAACGCGGCAAUCUUUCUUGGAAAGGAUUUUUUUAAAUUAUGAUAGUUUGUGUUUUAUAACAUUUAACAUGAAUUAGAAUUCAACAUGAAAUAGAAUAAAAGGACUUAGAUACAGUGUUCUAUUAAUUGUCAUGUUUUAGAUUUAUAAACUUGAAUAUAGUAAUUUGUUACUGUUUAUUCAUGGAUAACAUAAUAAAAAAAAAUAUUUUG